UCGACAUUGCCGUUGUUGCAGCUGAGGACGCGAAACACCAUGACAUGGCUGAGCCUCACCGCCGGGCUGUGCUUCGGGCUGCUGGCGGCGGCCGCGAGCCAGCACGCCCGCACACUCGGCCUCGAGCAGAUCCUUGACGACGGCCAGCCCGAGGACAUUGGCUAUGGUUUCCAGAGAGCCCGCUCCACCGCCAGGAACAUCCGGAACACGCGGCCCGACGGCAGCGGGCUCCUGCUCAUGGAGAGGUCGGCCCUGCAGGACGAGCAGGGUCUGAAGCACCGCACCAUGAACGAGGCGGGCGGCGAGGAACCCAUCACGUCGUCGGCCUUCAGAGAGCGGAUGGCGUCGAGGCAGCGCAGGCAGCAGCGGCAGCCGUGGGGAGACCGGGGAGACUGGCGGCGCGACAGCGCUGGCACUCCCAGCAUCAGCUCCUUCUACCCCGCGGGCGGGCCCAGCGACCCCCUGGACAACCCGGAGCGCUACCUGCAGGCACUGCGCGAGGCGUGGGCCAGGUACCAGCAGCAGACGGGCGCCAUCGACGUGGGCCCCGAUGACCUCACCGACCUGGAGACGCUGCAGUUCCUCGAAGCGCUAGGCGAGGACAUCCCCGGCACCCGCAAGCGGGCCUCCAACCCUGGACGCCAGUUCGCCAACGGCGGCGCCACGCCAUUUGACUGGGCAGCGCCGCUGGCGUGGAGCGGCUACCAGCUCCGGAAGCGCUCCGCCAACGCCGACUACCAGGACGAUUCAGCCGAGUGGUCGGAUGAGGCGGCCGUCGCCCCGGAGGACGCCGAGCAGGACGUGGUGGGUCCUGGCAUGCCAAACAACCGCCUGGCCAUGCUGCUCACCCAGCAGCUGUUCGACGAACGCUACAACGACCCGGCCGUCAAGCGCCUGCUGCUCUCCAAGCGCAGUCUCUCUCGCCAGUCCGCGCAGGUCCCCGAGGAGAAGCCCGAGGCCGUGCCGGAGGCCGUGCUGCCGGGGCUGCAGGGCCGCGCCAUGCGACGCCGUAAGAAGAGCACCCGCCCGGCGCUGGACAUCCCGCAGCCGUCGCAGGCGCACGACGCCAAGCAGGACCUGAUGGCCAUCUUCGGCGAGAACGAGCCCGACGGCGAGCUGGAGCCCCCACUGGCCCUGCCGCUGGCCGGCGCGCCGCCAGAGGUCACCGCGGAGCAAACCACCCACGCCCCGCCCGUCUCCACCGCGGCCCCGGCCGUCAAGAACGCCUCGGCGGCCCCCGCCAUGGCCGGCAUCAACCCCAUCGGGCACGCGCACGAGACGGACAAGAUCGCCCUGGACCACGCGCAGCACGCGGCGCACGACGCGCACGCGCCCGCCGCCGGCAAGGUGAACGUCGUGGUGCACGGCCCGGAGCACGCCCCGCCCAUGGUGUCCGCCGAGGGGCCGCACAGCCACGACCAGGCCCUGCACGCCGAGGACAAGAAGCCCACGGCCGUGCCCACUGUGAAGCCGGGCGGCCCGGCAGGCGCAGCCGGCGGCCCCGUGAUGGGGGCUCAUGGCGAGGAAGCGUCGCACCCGACUCAGCACCGCCGCCUGACCAAGAAGUCCGUCGACUGGUCGCAGUACUUCGGCAUCGACCGUCGCCGCAAGAAGUCGCUGUCCCUCAACGACGUGGAGUCGAGCGACCUGGCGGCGCAGUUGGACGCCGACUGGCUGAUGCGCCACAACCUCAUGGCUUUCUCCAACAAGUUCUCCAAGCCCAGCAAUAUCAACAAGCGCGUGGCCAUCAAGCGCGAGGGCGCCUCUCCCGACACGCUGCUGCUCGGGGGGCUGCCGUGGGGCUCCCGACAGGUCCAGGACGCCGAUGAGGACUACGUGCCCUACGUCGGGGCGUGCCCCGCCGUGUCGCGCCUCACCGAGAGCUGCCGCAGCGCCGUGGGCUCCAACGACGGCCUGCUGCCCCUCUGCGUGCUGUACCAGGCCUGCCACCUCUGCAGAGCGGCCAUCAUAGGACUGCCGGUGGGGUCUUCGUGCGAGGCCGAGCUGGGGCGCAGCGGCGCCGACCUGUGCGCGUCCGCGUCGUCCGCGAAGCGCGAGGAGGACUGUCGCGGAGCCGUGGAGAGCAUCGUGCAGCUGUACCGCAGGCGGCACGAGGGCGACACCGAGACCUGCGCCAAGCAGCCCUGCCUGGCCCACUUCUUCCUCACGGCCCCGGCCGUGGCGUUCACGCGCUAAGGGCCGGGCCGGGACCCGGGCCCGCUGCUAGAGGUUGCCCGCGGCGUGCCGGCCGUGCAGCGCUCGAUCCACCUUCCCGCCCCUUCGCCUCGAUGCCACAGGGCGGUAUGCGCUUCCGACCGCGCGCGUGUGCCCGCCAAAUCACUCGUGUCACUUUUCAGUUGUAGAGAGUCAGUCAGGCGGUGCUGGUUCGUUUUGUGUAGCGCUAUGUGCCAGCCGUGGCUGUGAGUGACUGUCCAAGACAAAUUGCGCACUUCACUCCAGUCUUCACUUUAUUUCUUGUAUUUGAAAACAAAAGUUAUACCAAAAAGUUCAACUUUCUAACGUAAAACUCACUUCAACAUAACUUCUGUUCCGAAGCUCUCCAGUUAUAAUUUUUUUAUCUAAUCUGUCCUAAUCAAGGAACUCCGUAAAAUGUUGGUAAGGGAAGACAGUUUCCAGCUAUCACGUAACGUGGUGUGGCUGAUUAUUGCUCCCUAGUCUGCCCGGAUGCACUGUAUAGGUACUGCUUUGAAUCAAUGACUGUGAUAUUAGCGUAAACCUGGCAUUGCAAAAUGAUCACAUUCGACUUGUCACUCUCAGACUUUAUCGCGUUGUCAUUGGCUGCCGCAUCCCGUGACCCGCUUUGCAUUUGCACCUUAAGUUUUGUGGAGAGUCAACACGCCAAGUUAACUUUCACGAAAAGGCAAAGUCAUGGUGUAAGGAUUUUGCACGGCAGUUCUAAAUAAAGUGUUCGCUGUGCUCCGUCGGACCAAAUACGGGCGGGUUGCCUAUUCUCACGGGAUCACAAGGCGCCGCGGCUACAGUGAUAGGCAAACCCACCCGCACCCAUGCGUGCAGGCUAGUAGACGCGCUUGCUCCGGCACACAGAUUACUCUGUAUAUACGUUACAUCAUGUUGCAGGCUUCUGGAUUGACUAUGAGCUUAGCAUAAGAAAUUCGACGUCAUAAUGGUCUGAGAGUGAAAAGGCCAAAAAUGACUUUUCGGAGGUUCGGAACUUCGGAGCAGGCUUUCUUUCAAUUGGCAUGAGAUUAAAGUUAUUCAUUUAAAAAAUUACUAUCUAGUCGUUGAUUUGAAGAGGCAAAUUUGCAAUAAUUACGCUGAAAUUGUGGACAACUAGUAUGCGCCAUGAGCUGGCUAUCUAGAGCACAUUUUCUUUGGUGAAGUUGGAGUGAAGUCACAGCCAAACUGGCGGCAAGAAAGUGCAUUAAUAACUGAUUAUGAUUACAUUUGAUGGUGAAAGUGUUCAUCUGUAUUGUAUUAUCAAAUUUGAGUCGGUAAAAUGAGCAGGGCAUUUUGUUGGAGUUACAGUUGUUUUUUCUUCUUUAUGCUGUGGUGUUUAAUGUGUCUGUCCUUCAGCAUUGCAAUGUAGCAGCUGUUGUUUCAUCUACAACACUUGCACUCUUAGUUGCGAGAAUGCUUACUUCACCAGGUGCUUUGUUUUGCAUCGUUUAAGAAUUCGACCCCUGUUAAUGAUGCAAGAUAUGAGAUUUCCAGCAGGCAUUUAAGAAAGAGAAGACUUUUAUAUGGUUUGCUUUCUAUCCAUAGAACUGUUCAAAUUAUUUGUUUAGAUUUUAACGUUAGACAAUAAUUUUAAACAAAUUGUGAACUUUACUGUCUCCUCUAUUGCGUACAUUGAAGGCAAUACCUGGUGAAAAAGUGAAAAAAUAAAUUCCAAUCAGAAAUAGGAGGAAAAA